CGCAUCUGCACGCGCCGGCACUUAUUUGGCGAAGGGUUCGCGAAUGCGUGGCGACGUACAAGAAAUUUGAGGUUGUGCAAACAGCUUUCAAGGGCAAUAAAUUAACGACGGGACCAAUGCUGCCUGUUAAUUUAGUAAGGAGAAGAAUAAGGACACUUUUGUUAUGCAAAUCGAACCCAAGCUAUCGUUUGAGCCCACACAGAAGUUCGUCGGAUCAGCCGUUGUUGAGAUCCGAAAAUCUGAGGACCUGUCAACCCGCGUACUUGCGUAAACUGCACGGUCUGCCUCGCGCGCGCGGUUCUAGCUACGCUUAAGUCCAAUGUCCACGAUGCUAGAACUUGGUCCAAGUUCUAGCAUCAUUGGCCUUUAUACUUGGUGCGAGACACUACUGUGUCUUGUGAAAAGCACUGCUAUUUCAUAUUAGGAGCCUAUCCCAUGAUAAGGGACUUUUCUCUAUACGUGUGGGAAACGUAGACUGCGGUCCGCUUGAUGUUCCGAAGCAUUCUUCUUCUCCUGGGGCGUUUGGAGCAUCAAGUGGACCGUGGCCGCAGAGACGCUUCUCGAAGAAUAAUUUGACACGCAUCUUUACAUGUCGCCGCCGUCAGCCAGCUUCGCCAUGAAUCAAACGAGUCAAAUAUUAGUCAACCAGGUCACCGAUUUUCUGGACGAGGCCAACGUCGAGGGAGCUAUGUGGCUUUUGAUGGAGAACCAAAAGGAUGCUGAGAAUAGUUUGAACGGCAUUAUGUCCGCCAUCGUCUCGAAUCUCACCGGCUCUGUGUCGCAACACAAGCAGCCGGUAUUUCAAUCCUCCUUCGAAGUGUUGACGUUCAUACUCAAGACUCACGAUCCCGCGGUAACCGUGCUGGAGCUCCAGAAGUACGUGAGGUGCGCGAGCGACCACGUCAACUUCUGUGCCAUCUUGGACGCUCUGCAGUAUUGCCUGACGAGGAUACCGAACAAGGGCAGAGUCAUCGAUUGGUGCUUGGAUUCGCUUAAGAUAUACGUCGAGAAUCUACCGCUGCCGGACGACGUGGACGAUGACCUGAAAGAAGCCAGCGAUAGAAUUGUGGACACACACAAGGUGAUCACAACGUUCCUAAAACCGUUGGUGCAGGAGGCGAUAGUUAUCGAGUCCAAGCAGAAGAAACGAUCUGUAUUGGGCGGCUGCCUGCUAGCCUUUUUUAUUUUUCUGUGCGGAAAACCCUUCUGCUGCUUGAACAAGUACAUCAGCGAGGAAACUGUGUACGAAGAACUAGCGAAUGAUAUGGUGUCGCAAACGCUUUGCCUCACCGGAGAUAUAUUGUACUUCUUGGACACUGUUGGCCAACGUAAAAGAUACUCUAGCUGCGUCAAAGGGCGGCUGGAGAAAUAUAUAUCCGACCAUAUUUUCGAUUGGAAUCACAACGUACCCGACGUGGCUUACGCCAAUUUUUACUUUUACGUAUUUACCAAGGAAAACUAUUGGACACAAGUGCCGCAAGUAUAUAAUCCUUGCUAUAUCCUUGAAGCGUGUGCGUACUUUUUCAAAAUAUUGCUCAGCGAAGAUUACUCGAUCCCCAACGGAUUAAUUUUCAUGGAAAACGUUAUAAGACGCAUUCCGUCGCACUCUGUAGACUCCAAGGUGUUGAAACUAGAUAUAUAUACAGAAUUGUUUCAACCGAUCACCAAGGUGAUGAUUUACUCCAACAACGAUGAGCAACGAAAGAUGGCAGUGCGCGUUUUUCAAGAGUAUAUCGAGAUAUUUGAUAUAAAAGCUAGAUAUACUGUAAUCUUGUAUUUGUACGAGAUCGUCGAACAUUCUAGCCUGCUGAGUUUCAUCGCUGGUCUGUGUAAAUCUUAUAUCGCUGAAUGUCUCGACUCAACUCCACGAAAUCCCCAAUUUCUUGGGAAGAAUAUGAAAUUGUUACUGAAGAAGGUUUGCAAUCUGCCACAUGGAAGUUCGUCCGACAUAGUGGAGAUAUCGGACGAAAUCAUCACCGCGCUGAACUUGCUGAGAUAUUUGUUUAUCAGAGAUACCAACGAUGAGACGGGUAUUUGGGAUAUGACGGACGUGCUGAAGAACGAUUAUCUGAAUCCGCUGAGAGAAGGCAUAGACUCGAGCAAGGCGUAUUGGCGAGUGAAGAUGAAAGACUUGGAGCAACAGAAAAAGGAUUUAGCUAGAGAACAAGAUUGUAGCAAACUAAUGCAGGCUAAUGCUGACAUGGAAGUUACAUUGACGAUUGGCGGUGAACAAUUACCGAUUAUGCCGCUCUCUCCAAAAAUGUCCAUCUGUUCUCAAGUGCUAAAUGGUUUAGAUGUAAUGGAAAGCAUUCUUAUACGAGUUAACGAAUGCAUAAGUAUGAAUGGAAAACUUGUGAAAAAGUCUGACGAAUGUUCCAAGUAGAAAUAAAAUCAACUAUGUCGUAUUGUCAUAAAAUUGUUUUAGACGUUUAUGGACUUCCAGGACUUUGCUGGCUGAUCAAUCUGAAAAUGAUAAUAAUAGAAAAGCAGAAUCGCAAG